ACAACUGUGGUGAUUGUUGCUGCAGCUAUUUGGACUCUUUUGUUCCUCUGUCUUCCUUUUUCCAUGAUCCAAAGCUUCCAUUUGAAUGAAUCUUCCCAACUUCUAGAGAGAGAAAUUAACCCCUUUUUGAGUGAGAAAGUGACAAAGAGAAGAGAUUUUUUUUCAUUUUAUAGGAGAACAAAACUUUGUUUUAUUUGCAAAUACUCCAUUAAUCUUGUCGGUAGAGAGAGAAAAUUAUGAGCGAAAUCACCACUCAGUUUUUGUAUAUUUUUAUUUCUAUUUCAAUUGGGUUCUUGAUUUUCAACCAAUUUUUUGCUAAAAUCUUAGGUUUUACAAGUGGGUUUUAAUUUAUUUUGAUGAUAUUUAUACCCACUAAAGUUCUUGAUUAUAUGCAGAUCUUGGUGUUUUUUGAUAUAAUUUCAAGAUUUUUAUGUUUUGUAUUUUAAUUUAAACUUUGAUUAAGAUAUAAAUUUACCCUUUUAAUUAUUACCCAUAAUUUAUUUGUUGUUGAAAAUGGAAAAUUUUUCAAUAUAUUUUGAGAAGAUUAAUGGUGAAAUUUGAGAGAAAUGCUGUAAUUUUUGGUCAAAUUAGAAGAAUAUUUGGGUUUUUGAGCUGAUUUUUUUUGGGUGAAAUUUACUGUACUAUUGUUAGAUUUAGUGGGUUUUCCUUUUCUCUGGAGUUAUUGAAGCCUCAAGUGAAGAAAUAUUUACUGCAAAGUUUAAUUCUUUUGGAAUUUCCAUUGAUGACGAGCUUACUAAGAGAAAUUUUGAUUAAAAAGUUUGUUGUAAGGUAGUUUUUUGGAGGUGGGUAUUAGCUUGAUCUUAUCAGGUUUUGUUGGGAAUUUAGCCAUGAUUACUUUUAUGGAUCCAAAAGAUAAAAUAAAAGAGGUUGAUAAUUGUUUAGAUUCUCAACUAUGGCAUGCUUGUGCUGGUGGAAUGGUUCAAAUGCCAUUAGUAAAUUCUAGGGUUUAUUACUUUGUUCAAGGUCAUAUUGAACAUGCUAAUGGAAAUGUGGAUUUUAGAAAUUUCCCAAGAAUCCCAUCUUAUGUUUUGUGUAGAGUUGAGGAUAUAAGAUACUUAGCUGAUCACGAAACCGAUGAAGUUUAUGCGAAAAUUCGAUUGAUUCCGGUGGGUAAUGAGAUUGAUUAUAAUGAUGAAGAUAUAGGUGUUCAUAGUGGUGAAGUUCAGGAGAAUAAGCCUGCUUCAUUUGCUAAGACUUUGACUCAAUCAGAUGCGAAUAAUGGGGGAGGAUUCUCGGUCCCUCGUUAUUGUGCAGAAACUAUAUUUCCGCGGCUGGAUUAUUCAGCAGACCCGCCUGUUCAGAACAUUCUUGCUAAGGAUGUUCAUGGGGAACCAUGGAAGUUUAGGCAUAUUUAUAGAGGAACUCCUAGGAGACAUUUGUUAACUACUGGUUGGAGUACAUUUGUGAAUGCUAAGAAGCUAAUUGCAGGGGAUUCUAUUGUGUUUUUAAGGACUGAAAAUGGGGAUUUAUGUGUUGGGAUUCGGAGAGCGAAAAGGGGAAUUGGGGGUGGGCUUGAUUCAACUUCGGGGUGGAAUCCGGGAUCCAAUGUUUUGAACUAUGGUGCUUUUUCAGGUUUUCUUAGAGAAGACGAGAAUAGGAUAGCGAGGAAUGGGAAUGGUAUUGGUUUGAACUCGGGUAAUGCUUUAGUGAAGGUUAAAGUUAAGGUUGAGUCUGUUAUUGAAUCGGCAACCCAUGCCGCUAAAGGGCAGCCUUUUGAAGUUGUUUAUUACCCUCGAGCUGGUACCCCCGAAUUUGUUGUGAAGGCUGGACAUGUAAAAGCCGCACUUCAGAUUCGUUGGUGUUCGGGAAUGAGGUUCAAGAUGCCGUUCGAAACUGAAGACUCUUCUCGGAUAAGCUGGUUCAUGGGCACUAUAUCCUCAGUUCAGGUUGCUGAUCCGGUGCACUGGCCUGAUUCUCCUUGGAGGCUUCUUCAGGUGACCUGGGAUGAGCCCGAUUUGCUGCAAAACGUAAAACGUGUUAGUCCAUGGCUGGUCGAAUUGGUAUCCAAUAUGCCGGCCAUACAUAUGUCCCCCUUCUCGCCACCCAGGAAGAAAUUCCGCCUUCCCCAUCACCCAGAUUUUCCUAUAGACGGCCAACUUCCGGUCCCCCCAUUUCCCGGAAACUUCCUAGGGUCAAGCAACCCUUUUGGAUGUUUACCCGACAAUUUUCCUGCUGGCAUGCAGGGAGCCAGGCAUGCUCAAUUCGGUCUUUCACUGUCCGAUUUUCACAUGAGUAAAUUACAGUCGGGUCUCUUUCCUGCUGGCUUCCCAGCACUUGAUCCCACUACUACACUUUCCAAUCGACCCUCGAGUUCUUUAAGUUUUCAAAAACCCGCCAGCAACGAUAGCGUAUCUUGCUUGCUCACAAUGGGAAACCCAAACCAGUCUGUCAAAAAACCCGAUGCUACAAAACCCCAUCAUUUUGUUCUCUUCGGGAAAGCUAUAUUGACCGAGCGACAAAUGUCGCUAAGCCGUUCGGGUGACGCGGUCUCACCUGUUCCUACGGGUAAUAGUUCAUCAGAAGGGAACGUGGACAAGGCAGGUAAUGUUUCGGAUGGCUCCGGGUCAGCCCUCAACCAUGACCGCUCUUCUGUGGAACAACAUCCUUGGCUCAAGGACAACCGUCCCGAAAUAGACAUGGAACUAGAGACGGGUCAUUGUAAGGUCUUCAUGGAAUCGGAGGAUGUUGGCCGAACUGUUGAGCUAACGUUGCUUAAUUCUUACGAAGAACUUUGCAGCAAGCUAGCAAGCAUGUUUGACAUCGAGACUUCCGACAUGCUUAAUCGUGUAGUCUACAGAGAUGGGACAGGCUCAUCGAAACAAAUCGGAGACGAACCUUUCAGUGAAUUUGCGAGAAGUGCAAAGCGAUUAACGAUAUUGAUGGAUUCAAGUAGCGAUAACGUAGGAGCGUAGAGAUGAAAAAUAAAGGAGUGCAAAUGUACAGGUAGAUUUAUGGUUGUUUCAAGAUGACCUAUGUGAUUGAUGAAGAUAAGAUGUGAGCCAAUUUUGGUCCUCAAAGUGUUAAUCUUCAAAUACAUUUCCUUACCUAUAAAUUUUAAUUUGAAUGAUGGAAUCCUCAAUUCUAAUACAAUUAAUGUGUUUAGUUGGUAAUGUCUCUUUGAGUGCAUUAAUUUUGCUACAGAAAAACUUCAUAUUUGAUGGAUCCUUUUAGAAAUUCAUAAUUCUUGGAGUACUA